AGGUGGAUUAUUAUCUUGAAAAAACAGCAAAACAAGAUUCUACAAGAAAUGAUCAGAAGGAUUGCUCAGCAACAAAGUCUGAUAAAAGAUAUAAUCAAAGAAGAGACAGAAGUACAGCAAAGCAACAUAGAUCAUGAAGGAAUGCAGGUCAUUGACUCCAAAAUAAGGCAAUGGUGGAAUGGAAAACUAGGAAACAUACGUUCAUUGUUGUCAACUUUACAAUAUGUUCUUUGGACUGAUAGUGGGUGGAAGCCUAUGCCUCUUAUGGAUAUAAUUGAAGAAAAUGCUGUGAAAAGAUCAUACCAAAAGGCUCUACUCUGUCUACAUCCAGAUAAACUACAGCAGAAGGGUGCCAACUUGCAACAAAACUACAUUGCAGCAAAAGUUUUUGAUAUAUUGCAGGUAAUCCUAUAUAAUUCAUUUUCCACUUGACCCCUAAAAUAAAAGCAAUCUCAAGGGGUAAGACAACAGGAGGAUAACAGACAGGUCUGAUACGAGCCAUUACUCAAACUGAAGUUUCAUGCACAUGGGAUGACCUGUUGAUUACCCACAAACAAUUGUAGUUGGUCAAUCUUGUCGUACCUCUUUAAAUCAAGGAUGGGCCAUUGUCUGGUUCAAGCCUAAUUUCUCAGUUUCUAUCUUAGGACUCCUUUCCAGGAAAGUCAAAUAUCACCAUGUGCCAAUGUUUAGCUUUCUAUCAAAGUCAUUUUUUUUUGUUUAAGUAUUCUUCCCUUUGGGAUGAUUAGUUUUGGCAUAUUCACGAACUUUAAUUAAUCAAUCAAACUUGCACAUGCAGGAUGCAUGGACUCAUUUUAACUCACGUAGUUCAGGGUGAUAAGUGAAUGCCCUACAGCAACAAUUCACCCACCAAAAUACGAAAGGAGGCAAAUCAGGUGCUGCUUAUCUCGACAAUGCACCGAGAAGAUUUAUAUUGUUUUUCUAGCAUUAUUUUGAUUCUCUAUGUGAGCUGGAGAAGAGUAAAAAGAACAGAGAGUGGACGUGGGAGAGACAGAGGGAGAGAGUUUUUAUUUAACUUCCAGAUUCUGGGGUUAAUCUCUCUCCGUCUCUUCUCUUCUUCCCG